CUAAGAAAGACAUCAUAAGUUUAUACUUCCUGUGCCAUAUUCACACCAUGCCUGAGGGGGCGGGCCGGGACAGCCAGAAGAAGCCAAGUAACCAAGCUGCUAAGCGGCCUUCCUCUGUCUCCUCUCUGAGUGGGAUCGUGAGCCGGAUGGCCUCCUCUGGUGGCACCUCUCGUGGGAGCUGCACCUCCGUCAACACUGUUUGCUCUGACAGCGACCGGGGAGCAAGUCUCAGCUCCUCCACCUCUUCUGCCUCCCUGCAAGAUGGCCACUCAUCCUCCUCCUCAUCUUCACUGCCCUGUGGAGCUGUUCCAGCCUACCCAUCACUACCCCAGCGCAAUGGCUCUGACAUCAGCCUGGACCUCACACCAUUGUCAGGUCCAGCCUCCUCCUCUUCCACCACUGUGCCGAAACUUUCACGCCUGCAGCGGGUGUUGCUGGAGAUCGUUGAGACAGAGCAGGCCUAUGUGAGGGAUCUAAAGAGCAUAGUUGAGGACUAUCUGGGGUGCAUCAUUGACUGUGGAGACCUGCCUCUUAAACCAGAGGAGGUCAGCACGCUGUUCUGCAACAUAGAGGACAUCUACGAGUUCAACAGUGAGCUUUUGGAAGAUCUGGAACGCAGCCCUCAUGCAGCAGCGAUAGCCGAAUGCUUCGUGGAGAGGAGUGAAGCCUUUGACAUUUACACCAUUUACUGCAUGAACUAUCCCAACUCAGUGGCCGUCCUCAGGGAAUGCAUGAAGAAUGAAAGCCUGGUGCGCUUCUUCCAGGAGAGGCAGGCCACUCUCUGCCACUCACUGCCCCUCGAGGCCUACCUGCUAAAACCUGUGCAGAGGAUCUUGAAGUAUCACCUCUUGCUGCAGGAACUGUCCAAGCACUUUGACAAGAAUGAUUCAGGAUACGAGGUGGUCGAAGAUGCUAUCAUCACCAUGACAGCUGUGGCCUGGUACAUUAAUGACAUGAAGCGGAAACAGGAACAUGCAGUACGCCUCCAGGAGAUUGAGAGUCUGUUGUUAAACUGGACUGGUCCGGAUCUCAGCGGCUUUGGAGAGCUGGUCCUGGAAGGUUCCUUCCGGGUUCAGAGGGUUAAAAAGGAGCGGGCCUUCUUCCUCUUCGAUAAAAUGCUGCUGAUUGCAAAAAAGAGGAUGGAACAUUUCAUCUACAGCACACACAUUUUUUGUUGCAACUUGCUCCUGGUGGAGAACAUGAAGGAUCCUCUGUGUUUCAAGGUGUCAGAUCAGACAAUCCCAAAACAACAGCACAUUGUUCAGGCUAAAAAUCAGGAGGAAAAGCGAUUAUGGCUGCACUACCUCAAGAGGCUAAUAGUGGAAAACCAUCCUGCAUCUCUGCCCCAGAAGGCAAGGCAGGUCCUUGGUGAUAAUUUCUGUCAAUCACCUCGGUUUGAACAAGAACCGAACCGGAAGCCUGUGCCUUCUCCUCGAUUAGAUGAUGUCCAUGGCUUUCACAGAGGAAGAAGACAAUCAGAACCCCCUGAGUUUAUCUACACCCCUGAGAAGGCCAGGAAAAGCCUUCCAUUGUUACUGGAAGGGAACCUGCCAUAUCGCCGAGGGCGCAGGCAAUCAGCUCCUGCGAAAGACAUAGAAGCAGCGUUUCAACAAAGUGGCUCUUUAAAGGCUGGCAGUGAAGGUGAGCUCUACACACAGGUCGAGAGCUUGGCCUCCUCAGGCAGUGCCAGUACUCUUGCAUCAUCAGUCAUUGAGGUUGGUUCAGGCCAGGAUAAUUUGGGUCUUGGUCAUGAUGAAGAUGAAGACAUGUCACCUCUCCCUACACCUCCAACACUCUCCAUCACAGAAGAAAUUAUGCAGUUUAUCAACGAGAGCCGUGCACGAGAAGGCAUGCCAGAGCUGUCUUCAAAUGUGUGUGAGUCCAGAUCAGAGCCCUUGGGCACCCAGUGUACUGAGCCACAGGACCUAAGUGAAUACCAGAAAACGCAGGUGAUGCAAGAGGAAGAUCAGUGGAAUGUUGUGGCCAAUAGUCCACAGGAUAAGCAACCACUAAUAGAUAUUAAAAUAAACAAAGAGGAUAAUGCUGAACAUGUUACACACAGUUUAUUGCCUGACUCAUCCUCUCUGAAGGAGUUUGGGGAAGAUAUUUCAUCUCUGUCUUCCAAUCUUAUGCCCAGACCUAAUUACAGAAAUGAAAGUGAAUUGCCAGAAGCAGAGAUAGUCAUGGCAACACUCAUUCCUCAGCAAUUCAUGGAGCAAGAUGUUGAGAACACCACUGCCAAAGCAGAAAUAUCUGAAGUGGCAAAUAAAAUGGAUGAAAUUGUCAAUGGAACCUCAGGUGAACUGUGUGAUAACUCCUCUUCCACACUCCAACCUGAUGAAAACCCUCUGCUGCCUAAAGGGGACAUUGAACAAAAGUUGACUAAAAGUCACCGGCAGAUCAUUGAAAAAAUUCGGAGCUAUUAUGAGGCAGCAGAGGCAGUGGCUGAGGAUGGACAAGUUUCACGCAGGAAUAGUUUUUCAAACAUCCCUACUGGCCUGGUAAAAGACUCAGUGUCACGCUUUAAUUUCUUUGUUCACCAAGUCAGUGUAUGUGAUUCUGAGAGUGGGCGCUCAGAUUCCAAUGAGAAUGACAUCCCGUCCACAUCACCUACUGUGCCUGACCAAAAUGCAAAGACUUUCAGUCAGCCGGACUACACUGGCAUUGACGCUACAGUUGCACAUAACAACCAAGAACAAUGUAAGACUGAGUCAAAAUCUGAUGAUGAUGAGCAGAUUUGUGACUUUAAACCCUGUAUGGAGCUCUGGAAAGAGAAAGAAAGGAAAGCUUCAGGUCUUCAAGAGAGAUCAAAAGCGUCUGCCUGCAAGGAGGGUAGAUUUUCUGAGGAUAAAGAAGCAUGUGAAAAAGAUCCAUUGUCUACAACUAAUAAGAGGACUCCUGUGCCCAAUGAACAGCUUUCACCGGAACAGGACUGCAAUGAAAACAUAAAGCUUAAAAGCCCUGAGCAAACAGACAAAACUAUCAAAGAAACUCAGUCCACUGCCGUGCCCAGAGACAAGACUUACCCUAAUGACAAUUUGGAUGGUCUACCCAGUCAGAUUAAAGUGGGACGGUUGUCCCGCCAUGGUAAGGCUGCAGUCACCUGCAGUAGGACACUUUACGAAGGCAUUGCAGAUGUGUCAAGUAUAGGAUUCUUUGAAACUGCUCCAAUGGAUCAGUGCUUAGUAGAGAACUCAGAAAAAAUUCUGAGUAAGGUACAGAUGCUAGCACAAAUGUAUAUGGCCAAGUCAAGUAGUAUGAAGGUACCAUUGCAUCAGAAAAGAACCCGGUUUACAAAGGGACCAUGUAAAGUGAAUACCCCUCUGAAGUCUCAGAUAAUGCUGCAUCAGGCAGACGUGAAGACACAGAAUCAUCCCUCAGAUAUUCACAUGGAGUCUGUUACUCACUCUGCACCUGAGUCAUUUGGGCAUGUGAUAGUUAAAGAGCAAUUCACGACAACCUAUCACCAGGAAAAUUACUGCGACGUUACUGGACAAAAGGAGCAGCUCACCAGACUUGGAGCUUGUGCAACAGAAUUUGAAUCCUGUGAAACAUUUGAAUCCUCUACUAUUUCAUCAUCUGAAAUAAUGGAAGAACAUUUGAUCACAAAUUUGGGAACUCAAAGCUCUUUAGAGAGCUCUCUAGAUCAAGAAAUACUUUCCAAAGAAAACCAAGUCACAUCACCUAUUCAAAGCUCUGGACCACAAGUCAAGUGCUUUAUUGAGCAGGAUGCCAGCCACACUUUGUAUUCAAUUAGGGAGGACCAUUCGUUAGCAGAUAAAAAUCCGACCUUUGAGAGUGAAGCUCAUCAAACUCAGUUCAAACCAGUGAUGGAUUGCUAUUCUAAAAAUGAAUCAGAAGAAGUUGCGAGCCUCAAGGAAGAAGCCCACAGUGCUGAAGAGAAGAAUGGUUUAAUUGAUAAGCCUUGUGAAAGCUUACCAUCUACUGAGAUUAUAGUGGGUGAUACACAGCUGAAGGCAUCAGUAAAUUCUGGUUCCACUGGCGAUCACAUAUCUUGCACUGAGAAUUCCACUUCUAAAGUUGAUGUAUCCCCUGUUAAUGUUGUAGAUACAUCUCGUCCAAUAGAAUUGGCACUGUGCUUGGAGAAUGGAGUCUCAGAAACAACAUGCAACGAAAAUCCCCAAAUGUCACCAGAUGUGCUCAACUUUGAUGUCCAAUAUCAAAGUUCACCUGAAACAACCUGUACAAAUGUACCACCUCUCCUUGGUUCCAGAGAAACGGUAAACCCAGAGUCUCUGGCAGGCAAAGAAGUACGAAACAAAGAUUUAUUGGUGUCAAGCUACCACCAAACAUCACCUCCCUGUAGACCUGCCUUAGAUAAUCUUCCAAAAUUCAACAGGCAAAGACCUGCCAAUCUGCCUACUGCAACGGGAAGAAGCUUUUCUCCCUGGAAUGCAUCAAACAUGUCCUCUCACAGACUAUCACAGACACCGCCCAUGUCUGGAGAACAAGAACAAGACACUUUAUCCUCAACUUCUGUGAUCUCUUCCAGUAAACCAUCAUUAUGUGAUAAAUCUUCAAAUAUUCCCACAAGUUUUCCUGACUCAAAGCCAUCAUCAGCUUUUAACAUUAGCCUUUGGGUGCGUUCACCCUCUCCUAAUAUAAACUAUUCAAACUCCUCUGUAAAUUCUGCUUUUGCCAAAUCACUUGCUGCUUCUUGUAUUAGUCAGACGAUUUCUCAAAGCAUGGCCAAAAGGAAUGCCCGUAUGCAGGCCACCUCUCCCCCUGACAGUUCCAGUGCAUUGCAUGCAUCCCCUCUAAGACUGAGGUCUCCGUCCCCUAAACCUGUCAUCCUGAACUCAUAUGUACAGUCAAAUUCUAGCAGCUUACCCACUAAGGUGACAGGAAGCCAAAUUCUAAAAUGUUCCCCUUCCCCUUUCUGCUCUAAUAGUCAACGAUCUUCCCCAACAACUGUACAGUCACCUCCUCCUUAUCGCAGCCAAUGUCCAGUAUCCCCUGCAUCCCCUGUACAGCUCCACUCAAUACCCUCUGUUACUCAUACAAGGGCUGAUCAUCUUGAACAUUCUCCCUCUACUCCUCUGAAUAGCAAUAACAACAAUAAUAACAGUCUUUGUAGUAAUGACUGGACAAGUAGUCAUAAAAAGCCAUUAUCAUCAUCAUCACAAACGUACAGAGCUCCUCAUUCCCAUGAGCUACAUCGAGGGACCUCCCACAACAGAAUUGCUCGACCAUUCCUGUCCUCUGAGCCUAACUCACGUGUGCAGUCUCCCUCAGCCUCUCCCUCACCAUCUCUGAUCACACGUAUCUGUUCCCCACCACUUGUCCCAAGUAGUGCUGGUCCAGUAAUAACCAAGCCUCCUAAUCCAAGGACCCCCAGACAGGGUGGGGCCAGUCCUUUCACACCUUUGUCUUUAGAGCUUUCGCAAACCACUUCAUCUUGCUUUUUGUCUCCAUGCGCAAGUCCAAGGGUAACUUCCCCACCCCCUAUUGGCAUUCCUACAAACAUAUGGUGCAUUGUAAGCCCUCAGCCAAGGAAUCCCUUAGUGACCCCUUCCUCCCCAGCAAGUUCUACUUCAAGAGGCUCCAGCAUCACUUCACCAGUGUCGGGAUCGUCUUCAGGCUCUCUGUUAUUCUCUCAGAGCCAGAGAAGACCAAGAGGAAGUAGCUUACCAUUUGAGAACCUGACAGGCAGCCCAUCGAGUCCAUUCAGAAAUGAGCAUAGGUCCUUUGCUGAGAAUGGACAAUGGGCAAUGGAUGCAGAGUCACACCCAACUAGUCCUCAAAUGCGCUCCUGUAAUGGUUCCCCUAUGUGUAUUAGUCCAGGACCUCAGUCUCCUAUUAGAGGGACUGCUGGGAAGACCACUGAUGCUGGAAAGCACCUAACAAACUUUAAUUGGCCAGAAGUACAUGAACUGCCAUCUGUCUAUAACACAGGAAACAAUUCUCAGUGUAACCUUUUACCCUCAUCAUCUUGUCCUGAAACUGGGCAAGAGGACUCAGAAUUGGGGAAGGCUACUUGCCAGAGUAGCCUGAUCUGUGCCUAUGUGGCUCGAACCACCCCUGUACCUGAAAAGGACACUCAUAUUCAGUGCUCAGAUGAUGAAAAACAAGUGGAUAAUGUGCCAGUACAGGGGAUGAAGACACCAUUAAAAACCAGUUAUGCCACAACUGUCAACCUACAGAUUGCCGGGAGUGGGAGAAUUGCAUCCUUUAGUAAUGCCCAGGUUAGCCUGACUCAAACUCUGGCACCAGUGACAGAGAACCAGGGCAUGAGAAGGGUCAGCAUAAAUGGCUGUACAUUGUCACUGCAGAACUGCAAAAGGCUCUAAGUGGAACUCAUCUGAGGCAUUUUAUAGUGCUUUAUCAAUAUUUACCAGGCACGUUACCAUGUGUAAAAGGAUGCGGAUAGAGAUUCAUGUCCACUUUACUGAGAUGACAAAUUACGGGUGUCAAGAAACUUGUUUUUACUGCGCAUUGCUAACUCUUUCACUGCAAAGGGUGCUUCACAUACAGCUCAAGUUUGGAUUUCUGCCCAGCCAGAAUUUCUGGCUUGUUUUUUUAAGCAGUGUUAUUUUAUUAUUUUUAUAUGAUUGUAAAAUAUUCUAAGUUCUACAUAACUUAAUCAAAGCAUCUGUGACAAAAAGUUUUUUUUUUCUUUUGACUGAAAUAGGCAGUUCUCUUAUUUAUGAAGUAGGGUUUUUUUAUGGCACUUAUCUGUAUCUCUCAUCUGUAUUUUGCACAAUUUCUGAUGUGGUCCAGAUAUAUGAAUCAUUGUGUAGGAAGAAAAGAACUUUGUAUGUACAAAUAAGGGAAGGUCGAAGAAUGUUGCUGUUUUUCAAAAAGGUUAAUCAAACACGACACUGCUUUAAUCGAAAGGCUGAUUCCAUCAUUCCAAAUUCAUCGUGAGUCCAUUUAUAGACCCAAUCUACCACAUCCUUUGAAAGCACCUUAGUAAUAUCUGUGGGAAUGGUAAGGUGGAUUCUUUGUCAUGUUUUCUAGAUUACCAACAUUUGAUAAAAAUGUUGCCAGUCUGCUUCUGUACACGAGAAACAAAAAGUGGAAAAUGUUUGUAAGAAGCAGAACAAAUAUGUUAUUUAAAAGCGUAUACCAUAAUACAGUAAUACAGUCCAUCCUGCAAAACAAAUGAGCAAAUCAGUGUGCAGGAUUUUAUGAUUUAAUGAUGUGUCGUUAUAACUAUGUAUAGUUUAAACUAUAUAUUGUAUAAUUCUAUAAUAUACUAUGUAUUGUGAUAACUAUGUAUAUAGUUAUCAAAAGUAUGACUGUGAGUUUCCAGAAUUUGCAGAAUUUCAUAAUGUAUAGUUAUUUCCAAUGUGACAACAGUCAAAAAAUUUUAAUACACCCUAUAAUAAUAAUAAUAAUAA